ACGACAGUUUGACCUUCAAGUGCUCAGAGGUAUUCAGCGGCGGACGAUGCUAAUAAAUCGUUACCGGACCACGGGUACCCGAUGCUGUGGCUACCUUGAGGAUGGAAGAAAAGAAUCACUCUCAGGUUUCUUGUCAUGAUGACCGACCUCCUGGUUUCGUAGACGCUGUUCUUAAACCAUGUACUAGUUUGCCAGAAGGUGUUCAUCUUCAAGUAAAGGGAUAUGAUUUUAACGCUGGUCUAAAUUACGAUGCUUUGUUCUCAUCUUUUGAAUGUAUUGGAUUUCAGGCAACUCAUUUUGCAAAGGCUGAACAUGUUCUGAAUGAAAUGAUUAAUAAACGGAAUUUAAAACCUACUUCACGCGAAGAAAUUGAAUUAGCUCAAGUUUUACAAGACUUUCAUCCUUUAAAUAGACCUUUAUCAGAAUGUACUAUAUUUUUGGCUUAUACAUCAAAUAUGGUGAGCUCUGGUGUUCGAGAAGUUAUACGUUUUCUGGCCGAACAUAACAUGGUUGAUGUGAUAGUCACUUCUGCUGGUGGUGUAGAAGAAGACUUUAUCAAAUGUCUGGCUCCUUCAUAUAUAGGAGAUUUUGAAAGAUGGCGUGGUCAUGAAUUAAGAGAAAUCGGUGUAAAUCGUAUUGGCAAUCUACUUGUACCAAAUAAUAAUUAUGUUAAAUUUGAACAAUGGCUUCUACCCAUUCUAGAUAAAGUUUUAGAAGAGCAAAAUUCCCAGAAUAUAAAUUGGACCCCGUCUAAGUUGAUCAAUCGUCUAGGUAAAGAAAUCAACCAUAAAGACUCCAUAUAUUAUUGGUGCUAUAAAAAUAAAAUUCCGGUAUUUUGUCCCGGUUUAACCGAUGGUUCGCUGGGUGAUGUCCUUUUUAGUCACACUUAUCGAUCCCCUGGUUUAAAAAUAGAUCUAGUUGAAGAUAUUCGAAAUAUCAAUUUACUGGCAAUUAAUGCUCGUGCUACAGGAAUGAUAGUACUAGGUGGUGGUCUUAUAAAACAUCACACAUUCAAUGCAAAUUUGAUGCGAAAUGGAGCUGAUUAUUGUGUACUUAUCAACACAGGACAAGAAUUUGAUGGUAGUGACGCCGGUGCUAGACCAGAUGAAGCUGUAAGUUGGGGAAAAAUUAAAGGUUUAGCUGAACCGGUUAAGAUUAAUGCCGAUGCAUCUUUAAUAUUUCCAAUUUUAGUUGCACGGACAUUUGUUAAACAAGUUCAGACAUAAUCUUUUGAAAUAAACAGAUUUCGUUAUGAAA